AUGAGAUCAUGUAAAUUUGUACAAUUUAUUAUGUUAUUGUUAUAUAUAAGAUUAGAUAUAUUUAAUUCAACAAUUUAUUCAUCAUUAUCAUUGAAUUGUAUUUCAUCUACAUUAUUAUUAUUAUGCUCAUCAUCAUCAUCAUCAUCAUCCUCAUCAUCCUCAUCAUCUUCAUCAUCUUCGAAUGUAUUCGAUCCAACCAAGUAUAAAGCUUUACCAUCUAUAUCAUCGAAUACUUCCAAAGACUUGUCAUAUCAAUCAUCAAUCAACAAAAUCAAUAAUAAUAAUAGUAAUAAUGAUAACAAGAAGAAGAAGACGAACAAUAAAACGAAUCAUCAAGAUGGAUCAUUGAAAUCAUUCAAUAAACAAAUCACUUAUAGACUUAUUGAAGAAUCUAAUAUACCACAAUUUAUUGGUAAUUUAAUUAAUGAUUUUCAAUUAACGAAUUAUUUAUUAAAUUAUAUAUUCAAUAAUAAUUCAUCAUCAUGGAAUAAUAAUCAUAAUAAUAAUCUAAAAAUGAAUACAAUCAAUCAAAGUAAACCAUUAUUAAGUAUUGAUUUAAUCGCUAAUCAAUAUCAAAUAAUCAAUAAUCAUCAUAAUAAUACUGAUCAUCAUCAUCAUCAUAAUGAAUUACCACGUUUAUAUUUAUUUCCAUCCAAUCAAUGGAGUUCAAAAUAUUUUCAUAUAAAUUAUUAUAAUUUAUUUAAACAAGAAUUAAUACAAAUUAAAAAAUUAGAUCGGGAUCAAUUAUGUCAUUGGGAUCAUAAUCAUCAUCGUCAUCAUAAUAAUAAUAAUCAAUUUUUUAAAGAAAUCAAUACAUGUUUAUGUUCGAUCAAUACAUGUUCAAUCAUUAAUAAUCAAUCAAAUCUAAUCAAUGAUUCAUUUGAUUUACCUUAUUGUCAAUUUACAAUUACAAUUGCUAUGAAUUUAUUAUCGAUUGGUAUAGAAUUAAUGACUAUUCAUAUACAAUUAAUUGAUCUAAAUGAUAAUUAUCCAAUAUUUCAAUUAUUUAAUAAAUAUGAAUUACAUUUUAUGGAAGAUGCAUUAAUCGGUACAAAAUAUCAAUUACCAAUAGCCAUUGAUCAUGAUAUGUGUUUAUAUUCAAAUAUCACUUAUCAAUUACAAUCGAUUCCUUAUCAUGGAAUCAAUUCAAUAAUCAAUAAUAAUAAUAAUCAAUUGAAUCAAUCAAUCAAUUAUUUUAGUUUAAUAUUCAAUCAAUUAGAUGAUCAUAAUAGAUUAGAAAUACAAUUAGAUCAUAAUUUAGAUCGUGAACAAAUGGAUAAAUAUGAAUUGAAUUUAUUAGCUAUAGAUAAUCAUUAUCAAUUGAAUGAAAUCAAACAUACAACUACGCUACCAUUGAUUAUCUAUAUACAUGAUGUGAAUGAUUGUAAACCUGAAUUUACUAUAAUGAAAUCAAUAAUCAAUAAUAAUAAUAAUCAUAGUAAUAAUAGUAAUAGUAAUGAAGUAUUAUAUCAAUCCAAUGAACCUUUAUUAAUAGAAGUAUGUGAAGAUGUACCAAUUGGUUAUAUUGUAACAAAAUUUCAUGCAAUUGAUAAAGAUAUUGGAAAAAAUGCUGAAAUACAAUAUAGAAUAAGUCAGUAUACACAUUCUUUAACAAAAUCGUUAGUCUAUAUUGUUAUCUUUCAAAUUCAAUCAAUCUCCAUAACACAUGACAAUUCUACUACUACUACUACUACUACUACUACUACUACUACUACUACUACUACUACUACUACUACUACUACUACUACUACUACUACUACUACUACUACUACUACUACUACUACUACUACUACUACUACUGCUACUACUACUACUACUACUACUGCUACUACUACUACUACUACUACUUAUUAUAAACUUAAUUCUACAACUGGUGAAUUAAUAAUAAAAGAAUCAUUAGAUCGUGAAAAAUCACCUUUAUCAAAUGGUUUACAUCAAUUAAUGAUUACAGCAUAUGAUCAAGGUAUACCACAACGUAGUUCUAAUUUAUUUAUUAGAAUAAAAAUAUUAGAUAUUAAUGAUAAUUAUCCAAUGAUACAUUUAAUUGAUGAAACAAAAACAUUUCAACAAUCUAAAUUCAAACAAUCACCAUGGUAUCCGAUUAACCAAUCCAAUAAUCAUAAUCAUAAUAAUCAUAUGAUUAAAAUCAAUAAUCAAUUAAUCAAUAAAAUUUGGCAAUUUAUCGAUGAUGAUAAUCAAUCAAUCAAUAUGAGUUCUAUUAUUAAUCAAUUAAAUAAUUAUUCUAUUCAUACUAAAAUGAUUGGUAAUCAACCUAUAAAUACAAUUAUUAAUAUUUUAAUAAUAAAUGAUCCAGAUUUAAAUGAAAAUGGUACAGUUCAGUGUUUAAUUAAAAAUCAAUUAUUGAUUUAUUCAAAAAUAUAUCAGCAUAGCAACAAUUAUAUUGAUCGUAAUUAUUAUAGAAAUGAUAAACAAUCAUUUAUUUUAUUGGAGCCAUUUCAUUUCAUGAAUCCAUUUAAUGAUGAUCAACAAGAAUAUAAAGAAAAUAAGAAAAAAAUUCAAUUUAAUUCAUUAUUGAAUGAAAAAAUUAUAAAAAAAUCAAUAGAAGAAAGUAAAACAGGAAGGAAACAAGAUGGAAUACCGGUUACUACGACUACUAAUAAUAGUAAUAUAGAUUCAUUUUCAAAUCACAAUAAUUAUCAAUUAAGAACUAAUAUGAUAUUUGAUCCUGAUAAAAUCACUGAUUUAUAUUUACUUAUUGAAUGUUCCGAUUAUGGUUUACCAUCAUUAACAACAAUACAAACUAUACAUUUUGAAAUUAUUCAUACAUUCAAUGAUCUACAUUCCUUAUUGAAUAUUUCUCAUAUACAAAUAAUAAAUCAAUUCAUUAUCCAUGAUAUAAAUUGUAAUUAUUUUAAUGAUAUACAAAAAAAUUCUAAUAAAAAAUCAAUAUUUAGUUACUAUGAUCAUUUAUCACUAUCGAAACUAAUUUAUCCAAUUAUAUUGAAUCCUGUAUAUAUGGAAGCUAAAUCAAGUAUUUGUUUAAUUUUAAUGAAAGAAGCAUCAAAAAUUGGUACAUUAUAUGAUUAUUCAAAAGAUCUUAAUUAUAAAAUACAAAUAUUGAUUAAUUUGACAUUGAAUUUCAAUAAGGAUUAUUCUAUGGAAAUGUUAUUAUCGAAUGAUCUAAUAAAAGAUCCUGAUCCUGAUUCUGAUCUUGUUCAUGAUGAUCAUGAUCAAAUAAUAAUCUAUUUACAAAUGAAUCAAUCGAAUUCAUACAUCAAGACAUAUACUAAUGAUACAUAUCAAUUUUAUAUAACAGAUUCCAUUUAUUCAAAUGAUUCAAUAUUAUCAAAGAUGAUUGUUUAUUGUAUUCAAUAUUCUUCAUCACAUAGUCAUAAUGAUCAUUUUAAUCAUCAUUGUGAAUUAACAUUAAAAGUAUAUGAUUCAUUGAUAACAAUGAAUGAACAAGAUCCAAAAGACUUUAUUUUAAAACCGAUCCAAUUUUUAUGUAAUCCUAAUCGAUCAAAUUCAAUAUGUCAUGGUUAUCAAAUCAAUAUUAAUCAUUUUAUUCAACAUUCAUUAAAAAAUCAAUAUCUUCUAAUGAUCACACCAACUUUAAUAUCAUCAAAACAUUCUUUUAAAUCCAUUAAAAUUAUUCUAUAUAAUAUUAAAAAUCAAUAUCCAAAUAAUCAAUGGAUUGAUAAAUCAUUUAAAUUAAUUCAAUCAAUCAAUGAACCAUUCAAUACAAUAUUGAAUCAAAUUGGUUUAAAAUCCCCCUAUUGUAUAACCAAUAUAUCUAUAUCUUAUAAAGUGAUCAAAGAUUAUAAAAUUAUUCCAUUAAAUCAACAAAAUGAGAAUAUGAUACCACAUAGAAACAAAUUGAUUUAUAUAUUACGUCAUAUUUGGUUACUACCCAAAUUAUAUUGGAUGGAUAAUAAUAGUAAUAAUAAUAAUAUUGAAAAAGAAAUGAAAGAUAAUUUAAAACUAUGGAAUGGUAAACCAUUUCUUUCAUUAAAUCCAUAUACUGGUAUAUUAAGUGUCAGUAGACAAUUAGUGUUGAUGGAUGUAGGAGAAUACAUUUUAUACAUAGAUAUACAAGAUUAUAGUCAACCUGAAUUAUUUAAUACAACAUGUAUCAUAUUUCUUAAUAUAUUACCAACAGAACUUCAUCAAAGACCAAUUAAUGAUUUACCUGAUUCUAUAUCAUAUAAUCCUAUAUCUAGGUCUUCUCCUUAUUCAACAACAUCAUCAUCAUCAUCAUUAUCAUCAAGUUCAUCUGUACAUUCUCCUCUGAAUCCAUCCAUAUCUAUUGACCCUCAUAAUGGUAAUAAUAAUAAUAAUGUAUAUAAUUUACCGGAACAAAAUAUCAACUUUCCCAUUGGAAACAAUCAAUUCAUGAAAACAAAUAAACAUUUAUUAUUAUCUAUUAUACUUAUUACUAUAGUAAUUAUAUUCAUUAUAAUAAUAAUUAUGAUUAUUAUAAUUAUUAUUUAUCGUAAUAAAUGUAAAUCAAAAUUAAUUAAUCAAUAUAAAUCAAAUGUAAAUAUCAUUAUUGAUGAACAAAAUCAAUUAUUAUGUUUAACAUCAAAUCAUAAUGAAGAGAUACUACUUAAAUCAAUUAAUAGUAGUAGUAGUAAUAAUAAUAAUAGUAAUCAUAGUAGUAGUAGUAUCAAUAUGAAUAUAAAUAGUAUAUAUAGUCAUAAUGAAAUCAAUCAUCAUUAUCAUUCAACUGAUAUCAUUCAAUUCAAUAAUGAUCUACCUAUCACAACAAAUUUAUAUUAUACAAAUGGAUCAUAUCAUGAAAAUAUGGGAAAUUCAGCAAGUUCACAGGUUGGAUACAAUAUGAUUCAUGGAAAUGAACCUAUUUACAAUUGGAUGAAUAUCAUUGAAGAUGAUCAACAUUUAUCAAAUAUUCAUUAUACAUUUACUAAUCAUUCUAUUGUAAAUAAUUUUUACAAAAAUUAUGAAGAUGAAAAUCAACAGAUGACUCUAACAGAAACAACAUCAAAUAUGUAA